AUGGCUGCUAUCUCCAAGGAAACCCUCCCACCUUUUGGCCAUGCUAUUUCCGGAGCCACUGGUGCUAUGUUUGCACUCGCACUUGUUUACCCUCUAGACAUUAUCAAGACCCGGAUUCAAGUCCAGGCCAAGCACGACAAUCUUGAUGAUAGUGAGCAGGAACACUACAAAUCCGCCAUGGACGGUAUCCUUCAGAUCGUUAAGAAAGAGGGUAUCUUUGGACUAUAUGCUGGACUUGGCGGCUCCUUGAUCGGCACUGCCACCACAAACUUUACCUACUUUUACUUUUAUUCCCUCCUACGUGAUAUCUACAACAAGCGCCGAACUGGAACUGCCGCCCCUUCUACAGCCUUUGAGCUCUUGUUGGGUGCUGCUGCCGGUGCCCUCACGACUCUCGUAACAACCCCGGUGUCUGUGAUCACAACCCGCCAACAGACCUUGCCCUCGAGCGAGCGUCAGGGCAUGAUCGACACUUGCAAGAGCAUCCUGGCCGAAGAAGGAAUUGCUGGACUCUGGAGGGGUAUCCAGCCCUCGCUCAUUCUUUGCGUCAACCCUGCUAUUACCUAUGGCAGUUUCGAAAAGAUCAAGGAAAUUGUGCUCAAUGCUCUCAAGACAUCUCUUACCCCUGCCCUCGCUUUCUGGGUCGGUGCUAUGAGCAAAACCCUGGCCACCGUCAUUACCUACCCUUAUAUCAUGGCCAAGGUUCGUCUUCAGUGGAAGCCUUCCAAAGAAAUGGAAGACCGUGUUGUGGCCUACAAGGGAUCUUUGGAUGUUCUCAACCGUGUACUCAAGACAGAAGGAUUCUUUGGGUGGUACAAGGGUAUGAGCACCCAGAUCACAAAGGCUGUCCUUUCACAAGCUCUUCUCUUUAUGAUGAAAGAUAUCUUUACAAACUACACUGUUCUGCUCUACGCAAUUAUUAGAUCAUCCCGAGCAAAGAUUGCUUAA